UGAGUCGAGCGGGUUUUGGGUUUGGUUGUGGCCAAAGUCUGGUUGUUGCUGCUCCGGUGUUGUGUUGUUGUUUUGUGAUCUUGUUUCGCAACGACUGAGCGAUGGCAUCCCGAGUGCAAAUAGCUAAAAGCAUUCUGUAUUUCAUGUUUAUAUGUGUUUUAUGGCAGAGUGCAAGUUCUAUGCAAUAUGUUGGCCCAAAUUUGAAUUAUUCGUAUCCACAAACAAAGUAUUUCACACAAAAGAUGGAUCAUUUUAAUCCAACAAUUGAUUCAACUUAUGAACAGAGGUAUUUGAUUUCACAAGAAUAUUGGAACAAGGAUGGUGGUCCCAUAUUUUUUUACACUGGAAACGAAGGAGAUAUCACACUUUUUGUUAAUAACACGGGAUUUAUAUGGGAUAUUGCUCCACAGUUUGGUGCAAUGGUUGUGUUUGCUGAGCACAGAUAUUAUGGAAAAUCAAAACCAUUUCCUGACCUUUCCCCUAAUCCAGACAAUGUACACAAAUUUGGUCAAUUUACUGUGGAACAAGCUUUAGCUGAUUAUGCAAGAUUGAUAACAUAUUUGAAAGAAACUAUUGAUGGGGCAAAAUACAGCCAUGUAAUUGCAUUUGGUGGAUCUUAUGGCGGAAUGCUUGCUGCAUGGAUUCGACAGAAAUAUCCUCACAUUGUAACAGGAUCAUUAGCCGCGUCAGCACCUGUUCGUUACUUUCCUGGUUUAGUUGGUUGUGCUGAGUACAAUGAACUAGUAACACUGGAUUUUGAAAAUGUUCCUGGAGGUAGAGAAUGCACUGUCAAUAUCAGGAAUUCGUGGAAGACAAUCGAAUCUGUUGCUAAACAACCUGAUGGAUUCGAGACGCUGACAAAAGUGUUUCAUUUAUGCAAGUCAUUGAAAGAUGUAAGCUCCCUUGAAGAUUGGUUAUCAAAUGCUUGGUCAUCACUAGCAAUGGUGAAUUAUCCAUAUCCAACAAAUUUUUUGAAUCCACUUCCAGCUUGGCCCAUACAGGAAACCUGUAAACCUUUGUCAAAGCCAAAACUUCAAGGCAUUGAACUUCUCAAUCAAGUUCGAGAAGCUGCUGGAGUGUUUUAUAAUUAUUCCGGUCAAUCUGAUUGUUUUUCUCUCGAUUCAGAAGCAAGUCCCGGUUUAUCUGCUGGGCUAUGGUAUUACCAGACAUGCACUGAAAUGGUGAUGCCUUUCUGUGCUGAUGGAUUUAAUGACAUGUUCAAACCAGCUAAAUGGACAAUAGAAGAUUUUACCAAAGAAUGUCAAAAGAAGUUUGGCACCACACCUAGACCUGUAUGGCCAAUAUUGCAAUUUGGUGGUAGAGAUUGGUCACAAGAAAGUAAUAUUAUAUUCAGCAAUGGUAAAUUGGAUCCAUGGAGUGUUGGCGGAAUACUGGAAUCUCAGAAUGAAAAAAUUCUUAUUUUAUCAAUUGCCAAUGCUGCUCAUCAUCUCGAUCUGCGACACAAAAAUGAUUUGGACCCCAAAUCCGUUCAAAUUGCACGACAUCAGGAAAUGGAAACAAUCGCUAACUGGUUACGCCAAUAAAACAAUAGCUUUUAUCUCUGAAAUACUGAAUAGCUAAUGAUAGCAAUUUCAUUUUUCCUUUUUACUCAUAUCAUUUUUAAUCCGAUGUUCUCACGAAGCGCUGCAGCAAAAAAAGAUUUUUACCUCUCUGUUAUACACACAUCCUGUACAUUACCAAAAUGCAAGUUCUGAAUCUCAACUGUUGUGUGAUGUAUGUUUUAUCAUUUCUAGUAAUAACUGUAUUAAUAAACUACACAGCAUGAUUGAUUUUUCAUAUUUGUAUGUUUUUAUGAAUCUAAUAAAUGCAAUAAAAUUUAUCAUAGCAAUGCAAAA